AGCCGACUGUACACGAGUGCGUCUGACAUACAGCACAAUGUAAAAUAGGUGUUUUCUACAGAGAGGGUUUCACAGGUACGUUUGUUUGGAGGAGCACCGCACAAAGCGCGAUCGUUCCCUGGCUUUUUCCUCCGCGCUCGCUCUUACCUCAGCCGCAGCCCGUAAGUGGGAUGCGGGAUACGCAGCAUCACCGGUGCCGUUAGAAUAAUCCCAACAGAUAAACCUUGCAGUUCAGCGGGCCUAUCAGAUUUUAAGGCAACUGGUUUUCUAAAGGCUGAGCAGGGAGAGUAAAACUGCUCGCUGGUGUGUGUGGGGGGAAGAAAAAGACACUGCUUUUCUCCGGGAGAUAAAGUGAGGAGGGAUUUUCCAACUAACGGGGAUGUGGCUGUUUUUCCACUGUCCUAUAAAGCGGGAAAUGAUUUGGUCAUCCAAAGAUCAGAUUUAAACUGGACUGCUCUUGAUCUUAUCAGUAACGCAUUUUAUCUGCCCGUUUAUCUGCCCUGGGAGUCUCCGUGGUGGAGGGAGACGCGGAGCAAGAUCCAGAGAACUAUACAGAGGGAAACUGAGUUACUCUUCAAUUACGCUUUUUCUUGCAAAUUGACGUAUUUCUGGGCAGCGGACGUAAUGCAAAAGUAAGGGAGAAUAUUGGAAACGCAGACAAGACGCAGCACAGAGUGCCUGUAAGUAGCAGCUCCAUCUUCUUUUCCUUGUGUGUGUACCCUCUGCAAGAGCCGGGGACACAUACUAUAUGUGUAUGUGAGAUGAGGAGGAGCUAAGUGGCUACCACAACCACCUAGAUCAGACAGCCUCCUGUGCUGCAAGAUGGAUUAGAGCCCCACACCUCAGGAGAUCAAAGGUGGCUGUGACAGGGGCACCCCCGGGGCAGGACCCAUGAGGAGUCAUAGAAGAUGCUCACAGCCUGGGCGCUUCUGCUCUUCUUAGCCAUGUGGGUGAGAAGCACCUUUGGUGGCCCGCUCUCCUUUCGAAUAGCUGCCAUCCUUGAUGACCCUAUGGAGUGCAGCAGAGGAGAGCGUCUGGCUAUCACGCUGGCCAAAGACAGCAUCAACAGGAGCAGUAACCGCUCCAUCACUGGCAAGCUGGAGGUGGACAUCUUUGAACUGCUGAGAGACAGCGAAUAUGAGAUGGGGGAAACAAUGUGCCAGAUCAUGUCCAAAGGGGUGGUGGCAGUCCUUGGUCCAUCUGCCAGUCCAGCUUCCAACUCAAUCAUCAGCAAUAUAUGUGGAGAGAAGGAGGUGCCCUAUGUCAAGGUGGCUCCAGAGGACAUUUUGAAGGUUCAUUUCCCCCGCUUCACCACUUUGGACCUGAGACCAACAAACACCGACAUCAGCCUGGCCGUGGCCGGCCUUCUCACCUUCUUCAACAGCACCACCGCCUGCCUCAUCUGUGCCCAGGCUGACUGCUUAUUAAACCUGGAGCAGCUCCUCAGGCAGUUCCUCAUCUCCAAGGAGACUCUGUCUGUGCGCAUGCUUGAUGACAGCCAGGACCCGACCCCACUCCUAAAGGAGAUUCGAGAUGACAAGACUCCCACCAUAAUAGUCGAUGCCAAUGCCACAAUGUCACAUAUCAUUUUGGAGCGGGCAUCAGAGCUGGGAAUGCUGUCAGUCUACUACACUUACAUCUUCACCUCUCUGGAAUUCUCUUUACUCCGACUGGACGACGUGGCGGACCAGCGAGUCAACAUAGUUGGUUUUUCCGUCUUCAACAAAACUCAUCCCUUCUUCCAGGAUUUUGCGCUAAGCCUCAACCGCUCCUGGCAAGAGAACUGUGACCACGCACCCUUCGCCGGCACACCGCUCUCGUCAGCUUUGCUCUUUGAUGCGGUAUACGCUGUGGUGGCGGCGGUCCAGGAGUUGAACCGUAGCCAGAACGUCGGAGCCACUCAGCUCUCCUGCAAGUCCUCCAAGAUCUGGGAGCACGGCACCAGCCUCAUGAAUUACCUGAGGAUGGUAGAAUUGGAAGGUCUAACAGGGCACAUUGAAUUCAACAGCAAAGGACAGCGGUCUAACUAUGCCCUGAGGAUCAUGCAGAACAGCAAGGACGGCCUGAGGCAGAUUGGCCUGUGGCACUCUGAAGAUGGACUGUCCAUGGAGAGAAAGCUUCCAUCUAUCAAUGUGACGGACACCCUCUUCAACACGACUCUUAUCAUCACAACAAUACUGGAGAAUCCGUAUGUGAUGCUCCGACAGAACCACCAAGAACUCGAGGGAAAUGACCGCUAUGAGGGCUUCUGUGUGGACAUGCUGAAGGAGCUGGCAGACAUUCUCAAGUUUAAGUAUCGCAUCCGGCUGGUGGGGGACGGCGUCUACGGUGUUCCCGGAGCUAACGGAACAUGGACGGGCAUGGUUGGAGAGUUAAUCUCAAGAAAAGCAGACCUGGCAGUCGCAGGCCUGACCAUCACAGCAGAGCGUGAAAAGGUGAUUGACUUCUCCAAGCCUUUCAUGACCCUUGGUAUCAGCAUCAUGUACCGCGUCCACCUGGGACGUAGGCCAGGCUACUUCUCCUUCCUGGAUCCCUUCUCACCGGGUGUUUGGCUCUUCAUGCUUCUGGCCUACUUGGCUGUCAGUUGCAUUCUCUUUCUGGUGGCCAGGCUGACACCUUAUGAAUGGUACAACCCCCACCCUUGUUUAAAGGGACGCUGCAACCUGCUGAUCAACCAGUACUCGCUUGGCAACAGCUUCUGGUUCCCAGUUGGAGGCUUCAUGCAGCAAGGAUCCACCAUUGCUCCUAGAGCUCUGUCCACACGUUGUGUGAGCGGAGUGUGGUGGGCCUUCACAUUAAUCAUCAUCUCCUCCUACACCGCCAACCUGGCCGCCUUCCUAACAGUGCAGAGGAUGGAGGUACCGAUAGAGUCAGUAGAUGAUCUGGCAGAUCAGACGGCGAUAGAAUAUGGCACCAUGCACGGUGGAUCCACGAUGACCUUCUUCCAGAACUCCCGCUACCAGACGUACCAGCGCAUGUGGAACUUCAUGCAAUCAAAGCAGCCCAGCGUGUUUGUGAAGAGCACAGAGGAGGGGAUUGCCCGUGUCCUCAACUCUAACUACGCCUACUUGCUGGAGAGCACGAUGAAUGAGUACUACCGCCAGAGGAACUGCAACCUGACUCAGAUUGGAGGACUGUUGGACACUAAGGGCUAUGGUAUCGGCAUGCCGCUGGGGUCAGUGUACCGUGACGAGUUCGACCUAGCCAUCCUCAAACUGCAAGAGGACAAUCGUUUGGAGAUCCUGAAGAGGAAGUGGUGGGAUGGCGGCAAGUGUCCAAAAGAGGAGGACCACCGUGCUAAAGGUCUAGGGAUGGAGAACAUCGGUGGCAUCUUUGUGGUGCUGGUGUGUGGCCUGCUGGUGGCAAUCUUCAUGGCAGUGCUGGAGUUUGUCUGGAUGUUAAGGCACGCACCAGGAAAUGAGCAGUCAGUGUGCGAGGAGAUGCUGCGGGAGCUCCAGGGGAUCGUUCUGUGUCGCGACAGCCUGCAGGCGAGGCGCCGCCGGGCGGCGUCGAUGCUGCGGCCACGGCCCUUACCUCUGGAGGAACGUCGGGCGCGAGCUGCCGCUGUCAGCCUCAGCAACGGAAAACUGUGCGGGGGCACGGGACUGCCUGAACCCCUUUCCCACAGACUGGCGCAGGAGGCUGCCCUGGUCGCGAGGGGGUGCAGCCACAUCCGCAUUUGUCCCGAGUGCAGACGCUUCCAAGGACUGAGGAUGCGCCCCACAGGGGGCCCAGGGGCCCUCCCAUCUCCCACUCACAGUGAGGAGAGCAUAGAAUGGGACAAGACCACAAAUAGCAGUGAACCUGAAUAACGCCCCACAAUUCCAGCAGGACUGCCUUUCCCAGCAGCCACCUCUCUUCCAGGGAUCAAAGAUCAUGUGGCAUUUUAAUUCUGCCAUCCAGAGUUUAUCCUUAAAGGACAGGACAAUGCUGUGGACUUUCUUUUACCCCUGAGGCGACCGCCAGCAGUGAGUUUUUGGAAUCUCUCCUUGGGCGAACUUUUUCCUUGGUCAUAGGAAAAACUGAUGAGUCUAUCUCGUUGUGUUCUGUCCCUGGUGGCCCUCUGUACCGUGUAAAACAGGACAGACAAAAACAGCUACGGGGCAUUUGUACUAUGCAGUAUUUCCAGUCAUUUAUCAUUGUGCUGUUUCUUUUCUUUCCUUUUUAAAUUAUUUCUGUCCUCUGUUGGAUUAUCAGUACUGAAUAUUGUUAUUCUAUUGUUAAAAAAAAAAAAACUUUAAACAAGGUCCUUUUUUUAUCUGACAAUUUACUCUAGGAACGUAUAUUGCCUCUGAAGAGCUGCAGAGAUGGACAGAUUAAGGCAAGGUCAACCUUCACGUUCUUUUGUUUUGAAAGUGCCAAAAACCACAAGCAUCAUCUUGUGGCUGAAGAAAGCACCACAGCCUUGAGAAGACGGCAAACUCAUGUGAACAUAGAAAACAAAAGGACAGACAUGCGGACACAAAGACUCCUUUUAUAGUAGUGAUAUUCUAUUAAAAAAAUGUUUUAAUUGUUGGGAUCUCUGAAAGACAGUGAUGCAUGUCCAGAGGUGUUGGCCAGUGCUCACUGAAUGAGUCAUCCUGAAGUGGUUCUAGGGUAGUCAAGUCAACUUAAAGAAGGAUUUUCUCUUUUGAAUACCUGCUUAAAAACAUGAUGUCUACGCACACAAAUGUACAUGCACAGAGACAUCCUCUUAUAUCAUCCCUCUUCUGUGCACUGACAUUACUUUCUCCUCCAUCUGUCCUCCGUGUCUGACCCAUUUAUUGUCCUUGCACCAGUCCCCUUUAUGCUCUCUUGCUUACAAAUAUAUCCAUUGUAAGUUAUAAGACAUCAUUUUUUUUCUUUUUUUUUCCAGCUUACAUAUUCAGUAUGUGUAUCAAACCCAGCAUAUAUUAGAACCAACCAAAAACAAAGUCCUCGGUAGAGUGAAGGGAUUUUUAUAUCAGCAGUUGGCUUGGCUUGUUUUAAAUGUCAGCGCAGUUAAACUUUUAUUGAAAGUGAUAUUUUACACACUGCUCGUAGGAGACAGCCUGGGUGCACUCUGACAUUUUGAUACUAUAAUUUUUUGCAAAAAACCCCAAACCAAACUUAGAAUACAUUAACCAGGCUAAAACGUGGCGGAUAUUUAAUGCAAAGUGAUGCAGGAGGAGCUGAAACACACUUAUUUUUCCUUUCCCCACUACCAAAGUAUUUGAAAUGAUUAAAGUCAGUUACCUUGAUUUGCUUUGCGUCAGCCAUAACUUGAAGAAGUGAGAAUCCACCACCAGCAGCACGAGUCUUAAAAUCGCCUCACUUUCUG